AUGGCCAUAGGAUCGACUGGCUGCGUGGCCUACAACCCAUCGCAAAGAACAGCGUACGGAUAUGUGCCUUCGCUGGCUGCUGGCAUUGUGUAUUGCGUCCUCUUUGGAUUGUCUAUGGUUGCGCAUACCUUCCAGGCCAUCAAGACAAGAGCGCUGUGGAAUCUGGUCUUUGCCGUCGGUUGUUUGACUGAAGUACUGGGCUGGGCUGCCCGAACCUGGUCGAAUGAAUGUCCUUACAAUGCAAACGCCUUCUUGAUGCAAAUCUGCACAUUGAUCAUUGCACCCACUUUCUUCACCGCCGGAAUCUAUGUCAUCCUUGGACGUAUGAUCGCCAUUGCUGGGCCUGGAGUUUCACCCAUCGGACCUAAAUGGUAUCUUUGGAUCUUCUGUACUGUCGAUGUCAUCUCUCUUGUGGUACAAGCAAUAGGUGGUGGGAGUGCCGCUGUGGCUUUCAACAGUAGCCCGCCAGGUAACACCAAGGUCGGCACCAACAUCAUGGUUGCUGGUAUCGACUUCCAACUGGCUUCGGUCGUCAUCUUCAGCGUUCUGUUCUUCCUUUUCCUCUACAGAGCAUCCACUAAGCUCGGCCUUCCUGCUUUCAAGAACGACAGGAACAUGAAGCUUCUUGUCCUCGUCACCUCAUUCUCCAUUCUUCUUAUCAUCAUGAGAAGCAUCUACCGUACAAUCGAGCUCGCUGGCGGAUGGACCGGACAUGUCAUCGAGACCGAGAGAUACUUCAUCGCCCUCGAUGGUGCACCCAUGGCGGCUCUUGUCAUCGCCUUCAACAUUCUACAUCCUGGUGUCCUGAUCAACCGUAUCAUUGCUCGCAACGGUGUUCAGAUUGUCGAGAAGUCAUCGAACCGCUCUAGCAAGCACGAUACUCCUAUGUCAGACGCAUCUGCAUGA